UGCCUCUCAUGGCUGGUCAUGGUUUCCCGCUCGGCAGAACAGAGCUGACUUCAUCCUUCUGCCUGCUGGUCCUGGAAAAAGGCUGCCCUUUUCCCCCUGUUGUUCCUGUCUCUGGACUUCCGAGGGCAGGACUCCAGUCUGGCUAAGUUAGCACCUGAAGGACUGUGGAGGUGGAGCGGAAGGAGUCCCUUUCACAUCCCACCGCCUUGAGAGGCAGAUGGGCCGCUGCAGAUAGAGAAGCAGGAAGAGGAAGGCGCUUGUAUGGAUGGAGAAGGGAGGCAGGAGCAGUGGGUUGAUAGCCCUCCCAGUAUCUGAAUUAGCUCUUUGAGCUUCCUGAGCUAGGAGAAUGUAGCAAGCUCUCCAGCAAGCUGACUUCACAGACGGGGUCCCGACCACAAGACAACUUCCUGCUAUACUGAGCUGUAUCCCUUUAGACUGUGAGCCAGAGCAAACCUCUCUUCCUGAAGUUGUUUCUCUCCGACGUUUUGUCAUAGCGAUAAGGAAAGACAUUUGAUUCACUGACUCCUACUGAGAUAAACAUCAUUAAGCCACACGUACCAAAAACCCAGUUUCAAUACAUAAAACUGCUCAAGAGAGACAAUAUUCAGCAAAGAGUUUCUUGGAAGAGCUGCAGAAUUGGCCCAUAGCUUCAGGAUGAAGUGACUUGCUUUUUACUAAUUCAGUCAAAUCAUCUGUGUCCUACAUCGAAAUGCCACAGCAGCCUUAAACCAAAACAUAAACCAAACUCCACUCACCUUCUCAGCGCCAGGCCAGAGAGAAGACCUGUAUGAUAUGUGAAGCAAACGUAUGCGUCUUUACCUAUACGUCUGGCUCUCUAUCUGUCACCUUUUAUAACUGUCCACAUUCUACGGGAGCUGUGAUGUUCUCUGUGACAUUUCCAUUAGAGGAGCACAGGACUCCCUCCCACAGGAUGGCUCUUGUCACAUUGCCAGCUCUGCUCUGCCACACGUUUCAUCCUCCAGUUUGACAAGCAGGCUCUCUCUAAUGCAAGGAGCAGACAAAUCAGCCAUGGCUAACACACGAGGAAAGGGGAUGUCUUUGGGGACCGUGGAAUCAAGGACAACAUAAGCUGGGAGAGAGGAAAACCAAAAGUCAAGAUCUGAAACACUGGGCCAGCAAGGUGGCUCAGUGUGUAAAGGUGCCUGCCACCAAGCCUGGAGACCUGAGUUCGAUUCCCGUGUUCCACAAGGCAGAAGGAAAGAACCAGUUCCAGUAAGCUGUCCUGUGGCCUCCACAAGUGUGAUCUUCCCCCUGGCCUGCCUCCGGGAGCUAAGACCGCAGAGGGGCCCACCAUGGUUGUCCCAGGACCCCUGGCUUUGUCGCUGUUGUUGCCCAGCCUGACCCUGUUGGUGACCCACCUGUCCAGCUCCCAGGACGUCUCUAGCGAGUCCAGCAGUGAGCAGCAGCUGUGCACCCAGAGGAAGCACCCCAUCGUGGCCUUUGAAGAUCUGAAGCCAUGGGUCUCCAACUUCACCUACCCCGGAGUCCAGGAUUUCUCUCAGCUUGCUCUUGAUCCUCCCAGGAACCAGCUCAUCGUGGGAGCUAGGAACUACCUCUUCAGACUCAGCCUCGCCAACGUCUCCCUCCUUCAGGCUACAGAGUGGGCCUCCACUGAGGACACACGCCGCUCCUGCCAGAGCAAAGGGAAGACUGAGGAGGAGUGUCAGAACUAUGUGCGAGUCCUGAUCGUUUCUGGCCGGAAGGUGUUCAUGUGUGGCACCAAUGCCUUUUCGCCAGUGUGUUCCAGCAGACAGGUGGGGAACCUCAGCCGGACUAUCGAGAAGAUCAACGGUGUGGCCCGCUGCCCCUAUGACCCACGCCACAACUCCACAGCCGUCAUCUCCUCCCAGGGCGAGCUCUAUGCGGCCACAGUCAUUGACUUCUCAGGUCGGGACCCAGCCAUCUACCGCAGCCUGGGCAGUGGGCCACCACUUCGUACUGCCCAGUACAACUCCAAAUGGCUCAAUGAGCCAAAUUUCGUGGCAGCCUUUGACAUCGGGCUGUUUGCGUAUUUCUUCCUUCGGGAGAAUGCCGUAGAGCACGAUUGUGGGCGCACCGUAUACUCCCGGGUGGCCCGGGUGUGCAAGAAUGACGUAGGGGGCCGUUUCCUGCUGGAGGACACGUGGACCACGUUCAUGAAGGCCCGGCUCAACUGCUCCCGCCCAGGAGAGGUCCCCUUCUACUAUAACGAGCUGCAGAGUGCCUUCCAUCUGCCCGAACAGGACCUCAUCUAUGGCGUCUUCACCACUAACGUAAACAGCAUCGCGGCUUCUGCCGUCUGCGCCUUCAACCUCAGUGCCAUCUCCAGGGCUUUCAACGGCCCGUUUCGUUACCAGGAGAACCCCAGGGCUGCCUGGCUUCCUAUUGCCAACCCCAUCCCCAAUUUCCAGUGUGGUACCCUGCCGGAGACUGGGCCCAAUGAGAACCUCACGGAGCGCAGCCUGCAGGAUGCGCAGCGGCUCUUCCUGAUGAGCGAAGCCGUGCAACCCGUGACACCAGAGCCCUGUGUCACCCAGGACAGCGUCCGCUUCUCACAUCUAGUGGUGGACCUUGUACAAGCCAAAGACACGCUCUACCAUGUACUCUACAUAGGCACGGAGUCAGGCACCAUCCUGAAAGCGCUGUCCACCGCCAGCCGCAGUCUCCGUGGCUGCUACCUGGAGGAGCUACAUGUGCUGCCCCCGGGGCGCCUUGAACCUCUGCGGAGCCUGCGCAUCUUGCACAGCGCGCGUGCGCUCUUCGUGGGAUUGAGCGACCAGGUGCUGCGGGUCCCGCUGGAGAGGUGCUCGGCCUACCGUAGCCAAAGGGCCUGCCUGGAAGCUCGGGACCCCUACUGUGGCUGGGACGGGAAACGCCAACAUUGCAGCACGCUCGGGGACAGUUCCAACAUGAGCCUCUGGAUCCAGAACAUCACAGCCUGUCCUGUACGGAAUGUGACACGGGAUGGGGGCUUCGGCCCAUGGUCACCGUGGAAACCGUGUGAGCACUUAGACGGAGACAACUCGGGUUCUUGCCUGUGCCGGGCCAGAUCCUGUGACUCGCCAAGGCCUCGCUGUGGGGGCCUCGAAUGCCUGGGGCCAUCCAUCCAUAUCGCCAAUUGUUCCAGGAAUGGGGCGUGGACCGCCUGGUCAUCGUGGGCACAGUGCAGCACGUCCUGUGGGAUCGGCUUCCAGGUCCGUCAGCGAAGCUGCAGCAACCCGGCGCCCCGCCACGGGGGCCGCAUCUGCGUGGGCAAGAGCCGGGAGGAGCGGUUCUGUAACGAAAAUACGCCCUGCCCGGUGCCCAUCUUCUGGGCCUCCUGGGGCUCGUGGAGCAAGUGCAGCAGCAACUGCGGAGGCGGCGUGCAGUCGCGCCGUAGGUCCUGCGAGAACGGCAAUACCUGCCCGGGCUGCGGCGUGGAGUUCAAGACGUGCAACCCGGAGGCCUGCCCGGAAGUGCGACGCAACACGCCCUGGACGCCCUGGCUGCCCGUGAACGUGACCCAGGGUGGCGCGCGCCAGGAGCAGCGUUUCCGCUUCACCUGCCGAGCGCCGCUGCCGGACCCGCACGGUCUGCAGUUCGGCAAGAGGAGGACGGAGACCAGGACUUGCCCGGCGGAUGGCACCGGAGCCUGCGACACCGACGCCCUGGUGGAGGAUCUCCUGCGCAGCGGGAACACCUCCCCGCACUCUCUCAGCGGAGGCUGGGCCGCCUGGGGCGCGUGGUCCUCCUGCUCCCGGGACUGCGAGCUGGGCUUCCGGGUCCGCAAGAGAACCUGUACCAAUCCGGAGCCCCGCAACGGGGGGCUGCCCUGCGUGGGAGAGGCCGUGGAGUACCAAGACUGCAACCAGCAGGCUUGCCCGGUGCGGGGUGCCUGGUCCUGCUGGACCGCGUGGUCCCAGUGCUCAGCAUCCUGCGGUGGCGGCCACUCUCAGCGCACCCGUUCCUGCUCCAGCCCUGCGCCAUCCCCGGGUGAGGACGUCUGCCUCGGACUGCACACGGAGGAGGCGCUGUGCUCUACGCAGCCCUGCCCAGAAGGCUGGUCGCUGUGGUCUGAGUGGGGUGUCUGCACUGAGGAGGGGGCCCAGAGCCGGAGCCGGAGCUGUGAGGAGCUUGUCCCAGGGCCAGGUACCUGUGCUGGCAACAGCAGCCAGAGCAGGCCUUGUCCCUACAAUGAGAUUCCUGUCAUCUUACCUGCUUCCAGUGUGGAGGAGACCACCACCGGCUGUGGAGGGUUCGGCCUCAUCCACUUGGUAGUCACUGGUGUGUCCUGCUUCCUGGGCUCUGGGCUCUUGACCUUGGCCGUGUACCUGUCUUGUCAGCGCUGCCAGCGUCAAUCUCAGGAAUCCACUCUCGUCCAUCCGGCCACCCCUAAUCAUUUGCACUACAAGGGAGGGGGCACUCCCAAAAAUGAGAAGUACACCCCCAUGGAAUUCAAGACCCUGAACAAGAACAACCUGAUCCCUGACGACAGAGCCAACUUCUACCCCCUGCAGCAGACCAAUGUGUAUACAACCACCUACUACCCCAGCCCACUGAACAAGCCCAGCUUCCGGCCCGAGGCCUCGCCUGGACAGCGCUGUUUCCCCAACAGCUGAUCCCACCCUCCUGGGACUUGGGCUCUUUGCCUUCUCAAGGCACAGAACAGUGGAAUGGGACAUUAGAGCCGCUUUGGUUUUCCCCUCUGCACUGGGCCGAGAACUUGCUGCCUGGCCUGUGGGGGUCCCAUCUGGCUUCAGAAAGCUCUGGCUGUCACUGACCAUGGGAGAGAGGGCUGGUUUCACACUGGCACAUGGCUGCGAAACCAGCUCAGCCCAGGUCUCAUGGCCUCCUGUGACCCACCAUCACUCCCCCCCACUGCUACGUCGGAGCUGCAGACCUACUGGGCAUGUGAGGAAAUUGGAGCGUAGAGAUGGCAAGAGAGUGGGCUCUUAGGUUUGGGUUGGAAAUGACUUCCAACAGCCACCACCAGCUAAGUCUGCCCGUUUUUAAUGACACCCCCCCCCCCAAAGGCCUGGGCUACAUCCCAGCUUGUGGAUGAAAGAAAUUCGCCAAUUGUCCCAUCAAAUGUCCCAGCAGCUUGAGGUUUUAACCCAGGGCUGGACCUCUCUGGUGCUGCUCUUUCAGGGUAGCAGAGGAGCAGUGCUGGCCUCCGUUGACCACCUCUGUCAGACGGUCUAUAUCUUGACCAAGGACAUCCCUCUGGUUAGGGGCAGUGAGGGCUGAGAACUGGAGGAGGCUGGACCAUGCUGAGAGGCCCUUUAACCUGAAGGCACAGGCCGGCCUUAGCCUUGCCUUCAGAAUGCACGCAAGGUGGCCCAGGAGAAAGGAAGACUCAAGACCAUAGGAGGCAGAGUGUGGCCUCCGUGCCUAUGGAGACUGCUGCUCUAGAGUCGUUGGCUGAGGACUGCUUGGGAGUCUCUGCUAGCCCCUCAUGUGUUCAGGAACGCACACACGCACACACACAGGCACACACAUACACACACACCAUCUGCCACAGCAACAAAAAGGAUGUUAAGCUGUGGCAUUAUUAAUUAAAGAUGAGAUCCAGUCUCCAAAUGGAACUGUCUUUGUGCAUAUGUGUGUGGGCCCCCUUGGCAUGGUGCAGCCCAUCAGUGCAAUGCUCUGAGGUAACAGAUGGUUUCUCAAGAUGGAGGAAGCAACCUCCGUGGAGUUUGACUUGAGUAGUGGCUAUCUUUCUGUGUGUGGGUUCAUGUGCACACACACACACCACACACACAUUCUUCUUUCAGAAAAGGAGCUGGGGGUAAACACAACUUGCCACCAGUAGGACACAAAGCACAGCAAAGGCAAACAGCGCAGGCGCGAUGUGGGUCUGCCCUGAGCAGCUCCCACCUGGAGAUGGGGAACAGCAUUGAUGAGGAUAAUUCCUGAGAUACGUUCGAAGCUGAGUUUAGCAAAAAACCAAAUUGAGAAAUGAUGGCUGUGAGAGGGAAACCUAAAUGGAGUUUGUGCUGGAUUAAAUAAAAAUCACCUCAGAGC